AUGAACAAAGUCCACAAGCCUAGUGGCACGACACACCGGAUUAGAGAACAGCUCAAUUUUAGCGACGACAAAAAAUGGAAACAGUUUUCGUCAAGACGGUUGGAGUUGAUCGACAAGUUCAACUUGAGUGAGCGCAAGGCUAGUGAGCAAGAUGAGAAUAUCAGACAGAUUGCCAACAUUCUAAGAACCGAGUUUGGGUAUCCAACAACCACGUCUUCUGAGUUCGAAAAACUGGUCACUGCUGCGGUCCAGUCGGUGAGACGGAACAGGAAACGGUCCACGAAGACCAGGUCCAGGCGGUCGGAAAUGAGCAGCGCUACUUCGGACGAAGACUCACUCAUCUCGAGAACCACGUCUCCGCUAGGUUCCUCCUCUCAAAACGCACCCUCGAUGGUGUCUUCGCUAAUAUCCCAGGUCCAGGUCCAGCCGCAAUUUCAGGCCCGGACCCAGACUCCGGUCCAUGCCCAGGCUCAGGCCCAUGCCCAGGCUCAGUCCCAAAUCCCACCACCACCGGCUCCUGUACAUAUAGCGGGCUCAUCUGUGCGUGCAACCACCCCAGUUUCGUCCGCUCACCAUUUACAGGCCCCACUACUAGGCUCGGGUUCAGCCCCAGCCCAGACCCAGACCCAGGCCCAGGCACAGAGUCACGGCACUGUACCCAUCAUACAGCCUAAACCAAUCCGCAUGGUUUACAAAUCUAAUGCGUCGUUGCACCAGCAGGUCAGCAAUUCUAACACUUUCAAACAAAACUACGACGAGUUCAUGAAAGACGUUAUCAAGGACUUGACUACCGGCCCGGUAAAUCUCCAGAAAAACGAAACCGAAUCAAAACAACACAACAGUCUGGCGGAUUUGGCGUUAUCGACUCACGACUUUUCGUUGCUAAACCUUGCUCUGUCCAAUGACAAAAAGGGAGAAAAUGCCGCCGGCUCUGAUGGCACAUCGGUAUCAGGCUCAAAUUCGACCGCAACACAAGCUUCCCAACCUGCAUCUAUCUCUCAAAACCAACAGAACGCUUCCUCCCAACAACAAUCUAUCCCAUUCUUCCUGAGAGAAAAACUAAUGCAUUUCAUUCAAAACUCAAAAACUUUGACAGAAUUAACUACAAGCUUAAACCUCCACGAAAUGAACAAUCUAUUGAAGUUAGGACAAUAUGUAUUAUUAUCAUCUAUCUCAUUUGUGCUGGAAAAAUUCUUCAGCAACUUGUCCAUGAACUCAAUAGAUUACAUCCAUGACAAACUAUCAUCUCCAGACUCAUUAUCUGAAAUGUGUAUUAAACUCAUCGGCAGCGGAACAAAACGAAACUUGAACCAGUUGCCUUUGGAAUGGAGAGUCAAACUUCUCAAUUUCAUCGUCGGUAGUGUCGUUAAAGACUUCGGCUUCGACCCAUGUGUUUACCCACUCACUGAAAUAUUCCAUGACUCUAUCCUAAAGAAAUACCCCUUGGUAUGUAACGAGGGUAAAAACCAAGGUUCAAACUCAUUCAAGAAUGCUGUCAUUGCUUCUCUGCCACUAAAGCCAGAAAUGGCCAACAAAGACAUGAACAAGAAAGUGGUAAUCAAGUUUGGCGAAAAGGAACAAAGAUUCGUAUUUCAUCUUUUGAGCAACGGAGCUCCAACGAUUCAAGAAAUAUUAGAAAAUAGUUCCAACCUUUUCCAAAUCAACAGGGAAAAGUUUUCGUCUUUAACUAUCUAUCACCAGAACGAGAUUGUUAAGGAUGACGCUCAAUUGGCAUCUCUAUUGAACGGGUUCUCGAACCAGGAAAUUGUACUCGAAAUAAAGGGCCACUCUGCUGUUCAAAAUUCAAGCCAUGAAAGCUCCGCUAUGAAUGGAUUACAAAUCUUAAGCAGUGUGUCACAAGUCGCAGCGGAAAAUUCUUCUUCUUCCCCAGCUUGUCUCACAACUUUAGACAAUAUAAUCAGCAGAAUUUCUUCCCCAAUCAGUACAAUUAAGAAGGAAGACUCUUCCAUCUCCCCUCUACUUCACCCACCAUCCAUCCCAAACAAACAUGGAAAAAACUUUGUUAAUGGAUUGCCUCAACCUGUGUUCCAACCAUUAUUAUAA